AUGCGUGGCAUCCCGGGGAACAUGGGGUGGCCUGUGGUGGGCGAUACCUUCGCCUUCAUCGCCGCCUUCUCGAACCUGGCAGGCAUCCUGAGGUUCUUGCGCGAGAGGCAGGCGAGGUACGACAAGGUGUUCAAGACAUACGUGCUGGGGCGGACGACAGUGUUCAUGACGGGGCGGGAGGCGGCCAAGAUCCUGCUAUCCGGCAAGGACGGCGUGGUGAGCCUCAACCUCUUCUACACCGGCAAGCAGGUGCUGGGCCCCACCAGCCUGCUCACCACCAACGGCGACGAGCACCAGCAGCUCCGCCGGCUCAUCGCGCAGCCCCUCUCCAUGGACGCUUUACGGAAGCACUUCGCCUUCAUCGACGGCCUCGCCGUGCAGAUCCUCGGCUCCAGGGCCAGCCGCAUGCUCGUCCUCGACGAGGCCUCGCAGUUCAUGCUCAAGGUCAUCGCCAACAUGCUCGUCAGCCUGGAGCCGGAGGGCCCAGAGCAGGAGGAGUUCCGGGCAAACUUCAAGGCCAUGAUCUCCUCCUCCUUCACGUCGCUGCCGCUCAAGCUCCCCGGCACAACCUUCCAUCGCGGCCUCGGCGGUCGGAACCGGAUGUACGCCAUGCUGGACGCGGUGAUCGCGUGCCGCAGGGCCGGCGAGGUCCGCGAGUACUUCCUCCAGACGCUCCUCAUGAAGUACACCCGCGGCCAGCAAGCCGGCGCCGCGUCCGACCCAGCGGAGGAGGAGAAGCUGGCCGACGCGCAGCUCAAGGACAACAUCCUGACGCUGCUGGUGGCUGGCCACGACACCACCACGGCGGGCCAGACCUGGCUCGUCAAGUUCCUCGGCGAGAACCCCGAGGUGCUCGCCAAGCUCAGGGAGGAGCAGAUGGCGAUCCGGGCGGCGCACGACGGCGAUGACACGCAGCACCUGUGGUGGUCGGACCUGAGCAGCAUGUCGUACACGACCAAGGUGAUGAACGAGACGCUGCGGCGGGCCACCAUCCUGCCGUGGUACUCGCGCAAGGCCUCGCAGGACUUCAGCAUCGACGGGUUCCAGGUGGCCAAGGGCGCGUCGGUGAACCUGGACGUGGUGUCCAUCCACCACGACGUCGCCGUCUUCGCCGACCCCGAGCGCUUCGACCCGGACAGAUUCGACGGGUCGCUGAAGCCGUACAGCUUCCUGGGUUUCGGCAGCGGGCCGCGGAUGUGCCCAGGGAUGAGCCUCGCCAAGCUCGAGAUCUGCGUCUUUGCCCAUCACCUAGUUUGCACAUACGACUGGAAGGCACUGGAGGAUGACGCCUCGGUGUAG